AAUUUUAAAACUACUUUCAUUUCAGAAUAAAAUCAUGUCUACCCCUGACGACACAAAUAUAUCUCGGUCUGGUCGAAUUCGCAAGAAAUCGUCGAAACUCGCGGAUUUUCAGAGUCCCGACGAAAUCUCCGAGGGAACCAAGCAGCGUCGAUCCUCCAAAAAAGACGGAUUAUCCGGAAGUAUAUUUGAUCCUCCGGAAGAUUCGGAUUCAGAAACUGAUUUCGGAAUCGAUGAUCUAGAGAUGGAAAUUGAUCAGUUUGAUGUUAAGCUAGAGGAUUUGGACGAUAUUCCAGAUCUAGAGGAUGACGACUUUUCUGAUUCGUCCAGUCGGACGGAAAUUGUUAAGAAACCCCUAAACCUACCGAUGGUGGAGGAUAAAAGAGGAGGAUCUAGUCCUAGGAUUUCCCCGUUUCUACUCUGGGCAAAGCAUACAAAACCAGAACUAGUGAGACAGAACCCUGGGGUGCCGGUAUCUCAGAUUAGGUUAAAGUUGACCGAACUCUGGAGAUCUGUCCCUAAGGUUGAAAAGAUUGCCUGGGGGAAGAAAUUAAAACGACUUAUCUCAAAAACAUCUCCACAGAAGGUUGGCCUGAUGUCUUCUCCUGCUGCUAUUCUCAAAUCCCCCCUGGGUUCACCUCAGUUAGAUAUUAAACUUAAUACAGGAAAAGCUCCAGAAUCUGAACCAGUUUAUAUUGCUUCCCAUCUUAAACUCCUAGGGGAAAGUUUAUCGAUUAUUGGAGAACGGCUGACCGAGCACGAAGGUCAAAUUGCUGUUUCAGGCUCCUUAAGUGUGCUACUUGACUCCCUGUUAUGCGCUAUGGGACCUCUCAUGUGUCUUACUCAGAGAGUACCGGAACUGAAUGGAGCUGACCCAAACCUACUCGCCCAAACAUUGGAUAAUGUCGCCUACAUCAUGCCAGGACUUUAAUUCUCUAGUAUUGAGACUGAAGAGGAGUAAACCUGGAUAGUGGAUAUCUGGAUAUCUGGAUAUCUAGAUACCUGGAUACCUGGAUACCUGGAUACCUUGAUACCUUGAUACCUUGAUACCUGGAUACCUGGAUACCUGGAUACCUGGAUACCUGGAUACCUGGAUACCUGGAUACCGCGAUAUCGGAAUACCUGGAUAUCGGGAUACCUGGAUAGUGAAUACCUAGAUACCUGUAUACCUAGAAACCUUGAUACCUGGAUACCUGGAUAUCUGGAUACCUGGAUACCUUGAUAUCUGGAUACAUGGAUACAUGGAUACCUAGACGUUGACACCUUUUGCUGUUCCUUAAUGUGUAUAUGUCGGGGUUCAUCUAGGAUCAAUUUGGAUAUAUGUAAAUAAAAAAAUCAGUAUUACAUGGAAUCCAGAUACCAGAGAUUAGAACUUUUGAGUGAGAUCAAAUUAAGCCAAACAAAUUUACUCAUCUUCAAUUUUAAGUUUUUAAAUGUUGGAGUUUAACUCUUUGAAUUUAUCAAUAUAUUGUCAAAUUACUUUUUUCUCUGGUUCAAUCUAGCAAUUCAUGAUCUGAUCUUUAAACAUUAACCAAUGAAAAACACGUUUCUCUUAGGAAAUAGUUUAACUUAUUCCCUUUCAUUUAAAAGUUCUGAGCUUCGUAGACCUUUCACUAUCCGUAUUCCUAACUUAAAUAUUUUUGUCAAUGUCUGUCUUGAAUAUAUUAUGAAUAAAAACUAUAAUUUAUCUCAGA